AUGGAUCCCUCGUCCUCAAACAUUCCCCCACAAGGUCGCCAAAAGCGCAUUCUUCCAUCGCGAUCUAGGCGUGGUGGGCCUGGCGUGGGCAGUUGCGACAUAGAUGUUAUGAUUCUCGAUACAAAAAAAUGGAAAUCUGACGCCGAACCAUUGAUUCCUGCCGACACUCCAUUCUUGCUCACCACAAAUACUGCUGCAGGCGCCUCAGACUCGUCUAGUAAAGCAGACCUUCAGGUCAAUACUCUGGGCAACGAACUCUAUUUUAACCGGCCUGAAGUCUUGAAAGCGUAUCGGGAGCAGCUCAUCAUUCAAACGCCUGAAUAUACAAACAUCUCCGAUAUCCCUGUGGUUGGUGGGAGGUUUCGGGUGAGGAAUUCAGAAGAGGAAACCGUCGAUACCUCUGAUGCUGCCUACGAAAAACGUCAUCGGAAAUACGAGACCUUUGAAAAGCGUCUACGACUUCGGGAGAAGGAGAAAUUGAAACAUGAGCAUUACAAGCUGAAAGAAAGAAUCGAACAGCUUCGUGCAAUGGACGGCUCAGCUUUCUUGGCUCUCCCUGCAUCUUCUUUCACGCCGAUUCCUGGCUUUUCUCCCAAUGAUGGCGAUGAUGGUAUUGGAAAUAUUCCUGGAACACAUAUCAACGGCGCUGCAGCUCAUAAUGAAGGUGAACGACGCAGGAAGGAAAUGCUAGACAUUGCUUCUUCCCUCGACGAGAGAUACAGGGUUCUUCUCCCCCCAGAUCGGGUUAGGAAACCUGUGGAGCAUACUCCUGUCGAUAUUACGGAAUAUCCAAGCCAUGGUGGUCGGGGACAACGGCAUGAAGACGAAGAUAUCGAGCUUGAUGGACCAGCUAUGAUGACAAUCAGUGUGCAAAAGGAGGUGGAGAAGCUCAAGUUCAAACUUCCUGCAAGAUCUAGCACUUCCACGCCGUCUGCUCCCUCCCCAAAGCUAACAUCUACAAAGAAACCAAGACUGAGCGCUCCCCCACACAAACAACCAGUAGCUCUUCCUAAAGAACGGGAAGCUCCUUCCGCUUCAUUGACACCACCUCCACCCACUCCCGAAGUCCCUAUUGAACCUAGACUAUCGCUGCCUCCUGUUGUGGAGCAAGAACCCGAGCUACCCGCAUCUCUUACACCUCCACCUCCCAACGAGCCACAAGUGGCCACCAGUCCGGUCCCAUCCAACCACGAAACACAUAGUGGAGAUGAUAUGGAUAUAUCCAGUCCUGAAACUGUUGAGACUCCGAAAGAGGCUUCAGCAGAGGCUCCAAAAGAGGCUGCAGAAGAGGCUUCAAUAGAUGCCGCAGAAGAGGCCUUAAAAGAGGUUACAGAAGAGGCUCCAAAAGACGAGGAAGCUGCUACUCCCGCAGCCGAUGAGGAAGAGCUUACAUCUCGCCCCACCAAGCGUAUAAAGAUAUCCGAACCUCCAAAGUCACCUCACUCGCGCGUGUCUCUGCCGCCUUCCCAAUCCAUAUCUGUGGCCAGCCGUGGUCUCUCACGCGGAAGAUCGACACAUCCACAGGGGUACAAUAAAAAGCCUACUGGCGUGCCAUACGAAAGUGCUUCGGGCGAGAAGGAAUAUACAACUUCCCUAUUAAUGAUUGCCGCCAUCCGUUCCUCGGCAGGGACCCUUCACAGAAACGCUCGUCAUCACAAAGCGUUUGGUGUCAAGGUGCCAAAUUCGAUCACUGAUGCACAAGAUUUUCUUCUCCCAGACUGGGCUCUCCCCUACGACGACGAGGAUGAAUCGGAUGAAGAUGAAGAAAAAGAUGGUCCUUUGGGAUCCGAUAGACCAACGGAGAGCAUUGACGGGAGAGAGCAUUCACCUGAGACUGGCAUUGAGGGUGAAAACCCCCCCAGCAAGAUCAAUGUGGACUCGUAA